AAAGAAAUCUCUCACACUAUUUCCAAGCUCGCUUCUCACCUUUCAAUGGUUUCCUCCCUAGCUCUCCGGCGACUCCUCUCCUCCACUCUCCUCCCCAAAUCCUCCUCCGCCUUUCCCUCAAUCCCCGCCGCCAGGCUCUUCACCACCAACGCCACCCGCCGCUACGACUCCGACGACAGCGACGAAACCGACGUCGACUCCUACCGCCGCCCCCUCCCGCUCCGCCGCAACAACUUCUUCUCCGACGUGUUUGCUCCGUCGCCGUUCUCGGCGGGCCGGAACCUGAGCCAGGUGCUGAAUAUGGUGGACCAGAUCUCAGAGAAUCCCUUCCUCUCCGCCACGCGCCGAGGCUGGGACGCGCGUGAGACGGAGGAGGGUUUGCAUCUAAGGUUUGACAUGCCGGGGCUGGGGAAAGAGGACGUGAAGGUUUCGGUGGAGAAGGACAUUUUGGUGAUUAGAGGCGAAGGGGGACACGUGGAAGGAGAAGAGGAGCCGAGGAGGUACUCGACGGGGAUUCAGCUGCCGGAGAAGGUGUUUAAGACGGACGGCGUCAAGGCGGAGAUGAAGAACGGCGUGCUCAAGGUGGUUGUGCCGAAGAUUAAGGAGGAGGAGAGGAGUGAUGUGUUUCACGUGAGGGUUGAGUAGUGUUUAGGGGUCUGUACUACGUCGUUUUGAGGGUGUGUGAAUAAUUGUUGACUUUUGUUUUUGUUUUUGUUUUGUUAGCGAUGAGUUUUGACUCAGUUUGUUUUCCAAAGUCUCGUUGCCCAAAAAAGGGUUAAUUAAAAAUUCCAGGUUAUUUUAAUUUCAAAUAGAAAACAACUCCUAUCAAAGUUACAGGUUGUUUUCAUGAAUGAAUUAUGUGGGCCUUAAGCCUUGGGCCUUGGCU